AUGGCAACCCAAGACGAGACCCCCUCCUACACCACCACCUCUGGCGCAACAUAUCCCUCCUCGCUACACGCCUACGCCCUCCCCCUCCCCACACUCCUCUCGACACACCCACACAUCACCUCCUGCGCCGUUGGCGGCUUCAUCUUCCAUCCGACGCGUGGCCUCCUCCUCAUCCGCCGGGCGAUUGGCGAGGCCGCUUUUCCGGGGUACUGGGAGGUUCCGGGCGGAGGUGUAGAGGCGCCGCCGACAGACGCGACCCUGCUCGACGCGGUGGUUCGGGAGGUGUGGGAGGAGACGGGGCUGAAAGUCACCAGGCUGCUAAGGUGCUUUGGAUGUUUGGAGUUUCAGGGGCGCUCGGGGAGGUGGUGGAGAAAAUGGAAUUUUGAGGUUGAGGUGGAAGAGGGGGGUGGGAAGAUGUGGUAA